AUGCGUGACCAACUUGCUCCAAAUCGUGAAACCAUGCUGGAUGCGCCUUCACAUGGCGCUAUGGCACAAACCCGUUUAAGGGAGGUUCCCUCCACCCUCCUUCCUCCCGUUCCUCUGCGCGCGGCGCUUAUCUCCUCCCCCACCCUCCUCUUCCUCCUCCGCCGCCGCCGCCGCCGCCGCCGGCAAUGGCUGCCGCCUCCCCCUCCUUCCACCUCCUUCUCCCCUCCCUCCGCCGCUCGCCUCCACGCCUCGAAAUCAUCCGCCGUCCAAUCUCGCCAGAGGAGCCGCCUCCAUUACCAUCCGUCCAUCUCCCCUUCAAGCUCUCCCGCUCUCUCCCCUUCCCCUCCCCCUCCCCAUUCCCAUUCCCUCCCCUGUCCCCGUCCCCGUCCCCGUCCCGCCUCCCCCGCCGCGCGACUCGUCCGCGACAACUACCUCGACGUCCUCCACGACCUCCCCGCCGCCGCCGACUUCCCGAGCCCGGCCACCGAGCAGGCGGCCGGCGACCGGGACCCGCGCCCGAAGAUAUUCAUCCAGGACCCGCCCUGGAUAUACCCGAUUUUCUUGAAGAACGUGUAUCGGAAGGCGAGGCGGGAGGCCGAGCUGGAGCUGAAGGAGGCGGACCGGCGGAAGUAUAACCUGCUGCGGCGGCGGCAGAUUAGGGCGGAGACGGAGGCGUGGGAGCUGAUGGUGGAGGAGUACCGGGAGCUGGAGCGGGAGAUGAGGGACCGGCAGCUGGCGCCCAACCUGCCCCGCGUGAAGGCGCUGUUCCUCGGGUGGUUCGACCCGCUGAAGGAGGCGAUAGAGAGGGAGCAGAGGACGCAGCGGACGAAGAAGAACAAGGCCGCGUACGCGCCGCACAUCGACUUGCUGCCGGCCGAGAAGAUGGCGGUGAUCCUGAUGCACAGGAUGAUGGGGUUGGUGAUGGUGGGGCACACGGAUGGGUGCAUUGAGCUCGUGCAGGCCGCCGUUCAUGUCGGCAUGGCGAUUGAGCAGGAGGUAAUGGUCCAGAGUCUACUGGAGAAAGCUAAGAGAAAUCGGAAGAAAAUGAAUUUGGUUGAACCUGAAGCGGAGCUGGGCAAAGAUGAGGUGAUGCGCCAGCGACGUGUUAAUGGCUUGAUCAAAAGAAAAAGAUUUAACCAAGUAAAAAAGCUAGUGACGGAAGAAGAAUUUAAACCUUGGGGUCGAGAUACCCAGGCUAAGCUGGGAACUCGUUUGAUAGAAUUAUUAACUGAAACAGCUUUUGUCCAACCUCCAGUUAAGCAAUUAGUGGAAGGUCCACCUGAUGUUCGACCAGCAUUCAGGCACAAACUAAAAAUGGUUAACAAGGAUCCUGGGCAGAAGAUUUUGAAGAGAUAUGGCGUUAUAGAAUGUGAUCCCUUAAUUCUUGAAAAGCUGGAUGUUAAUGCAAAGCAUAUGUUGGCUCCUUAUAUGCCUAUGCUGGUUCCUCCAAGAAAAUGGAAAGGGUAUGACAAGGGUGGGUACUUCUUCCUCCCUUCUUACGCUAUGCGUACUCAUGGAUCAAGAAAGCAGCAGGAUGCUCUAAAGAAUGUGUCUGAGGAACAAAUGCAUAAUGUAUAUAAGGCCCUGGACACGCUUGGAAGUACCAAAUGGAGGAUUAAUCGAAGAGUUCUUGCUGCAGUGGAGAGCCUCUGGGGUCAAGGUGGAAGUGUUGGGGGUUUGGUUGAGAGACAUGAUCUUCCUUUGCCAGAUAAGGAUGUUUCCGGGGAUUGCGAAGAGCUUGAACUGUGGAAGUGGAUACGGAAAGCAAAGAAGGUUAACAGAGAGAGGCAUGCUCAGCGAUGCGACAUUGAGCUUAAACUCUCUGUGGCCCGAAAGAUGAAAGAAGAGGAAGGUUUUUAUUAUCCUCACAAUUUGGAUUUCCGUGGCCGUGCAUAUCCAAUGCAUUCACAUCUGAAUCAUUUAAGUUCUGAUCUCUGUCGAGGAGUUCUUGAGUUUGCUGAAGGACGACCGCUAGGGAAGUCUGGGUUACAUUGGUUGAAGAUACAUUUGGCAAACCUCUAUUCUGGUGGUGUUGAAAAGCUUUCACAUGAUGGACGUGUAGCAUUUGUAGAAAACCAUCUGGAUGAUAUAUUUGACUCAGCAGAGAAGCCUAUAAAUGGGAAUAGGUGGUGGUUGACGGCUGAAGACCCUUUUCAGUGCUUGGCUGCUUGUAUUAAUUUGUCGGAAGCAUUGAAGAGCUCGUCACCAUAUACCACCAUCUCCCAUCUUCCAAUUCAUCAGGAUGGUUCCUGCAAUGGCCUUCAGCACUAUGCUGCCUUGGGAAGAGACAGUAUGGAAGCUGCUGCAGUAAAUCUAGUUGCGGCAGAGAAACCUGCUGAUGUUUAUUCAGAAAUUGCCGCAAGGGUACAUGACAUGAUGAAAAGGGACAGCAACAAGGACCCUGCUACUCAUCCUAAUGCUGCAUUGGCAAAGGUCUUACUGGGCCAGGUGGAUAGGAAAUUAGUGAAACAGACGGUGAUGACCUCAGUAUAUGGAGUGACUUUUGUUGGGGCACGUGAGCAGAUAAAAAGAAGACUAGAGGAGAAGGGUGUACUUGGUGAUGACAGACUGCUCUUUGCUGCUGCAUGCUAUGCUGCUAAAGUAACACUGACCGCCCUUGAAGAGAUAUUUGAAGCUGCGCGUGGAAUAAUGGGUUGGCUUGGUGACUGUGCAAAAAUUAUUGCCGCAGAUAAUCAACCAGUGCAGUGGACUACUCCCCUUGGUCUUCCUGUCGUACAACCGUACUAUAAGAAUAAACGCCAUCUUAUAAGAACAACCCUUCAGAUUUUGGCCUUGCAGCGGGAGAGUGACUUGGUUGAUGUUAGAAGACAGAGAACAGCAUUUCCUCCCAACUAUGUUCACUCACUUGAUGGCUCACACAUGAUGAUGACUGCUGUUGCCUGCAGUGAGGCUGGGCUACGUUUUGCAGGGGUGCAUGACUCAUUCUGGACACAUGCUUGUGAUGUGGACCAGAUGAACUGGAUUCUACGGGAAAAAUUUGUCGAAUUAUAUGAUAAGCCUAUCCUUGAAAAUUUGCUCGAAAGUUUCCAGACAUCAUAUCCAGCACUGACGUUUCCUUCCCUACCUGAUAGAGGCAACUUUGACUUACGGGAAGUCCUCAAAUCCCCUUACUUCUUCAACUGAUCUAACAUAUGGCUAGAGUAGAAACUUAUUCCAAGUGAUCAAAAGCAUCAAAUUCUCGGAGCAAGAAUCUUGUUUUCUACCAGCUGAUAGCUGGAGCCUCAAAGGAACCACUGAGUUGCACACAUUCAAGUUGCAAAUGGCAAAGAAGAAAUAUUACCAGUGUUGCAACAAAGUGGCAAUUCCUCGGAAGAUAAUGCUUUUUGAAUAUAUUGACAAGCGGAGCAGCUCACAAGUUUUACACAGGGUGGCUGCACAACCAUCUUUUCCUGGUACAGAGAAGUUAGGGAUCUCAACUACGAUUGUCAAAAACUAUCUCCCAAGAUCUUUCAUGAAUGCUAGGGAUUCUUGCGGAAGAUAGAACUCUUGCAGCGACACCGUCUGCAUACUGGAGUUGAUUGGAGCUCGUGCUUGUCCUGUUGUUUGAUUCCUUUGAGGAGAACUGCAAGCGGCUGGUCUUAUUUUGAGUUUGAUUUUCACACAGAAGGUGGCAACACAAAAAGGAGGUCGACCACCGGCAGAUUUGAUGGAUAAGAUGGAUGGAUAAUACUUGCACAUAGAGACCAAGUCACGAUAGCUGUGAAAUAAAGUAGGGUGUAUAUAAUUGACAUAGGACAAGGAGCACAAAUGGUCUAAACGUGCUGGCAGUUGUAUGUAAUUUUUUGGCUGCACACUGCUUUUUACAAAUCAUUUUGCUAUUGUAAUUUGAGGUUUCGGUGCUAUUAUGGAGCUGCAUUGCCUCAU